GUGGCGGGGCAGCUCGCGGCGUUUUGGGGGGCGCUCCUAGCCGAGGUGAUCCUGACUACAAGGAGUGCGCGUCUGGGGCAGACAUCCUCGAGACCGCUCGUGCUGAGGGCGGCUGGGGCGAGCGCCGACGUCCGCAUACUUUGUCAGCACUCAGCUCUCCUUUGGCAGGAAAACUAAGAAAGGAAAUGGCUGUGGAUUUGCUGGCUGCUCGAGGGACGGAGCCUGUGACAUUCAGGGAUGUGGCCGUGUUCUUCAGCCAGGAUGAGUGGUUGCAUCUGGACUCUGCACAGAGAACCUUGUACCGGGAGGUGAUGCUGGAGAACUACAGCAACCUGGCCUCCCUGGGGAUCCAGCUUUCAAUACCUUGGGUGAUUGGCAAACUGCAGAAAGGACAAGAUCCCUGCAUUGCCAGAAAAGAUCGCAAAGACACCUGCCGAGAUUUCCAGAUUUGGCCAGAGUUAGAAACAUUGCUUCCCAAACAAGAUAUUUUUAUUGAAGAAGCAUCUCGUGGACUAAUAAACCAUGAAUCCACUGAGGGUGCUCACUGGAAAACCAACUUUGGAAAAGUUGUGAAAUCUGAGAGCCUAACAACACAGGAGCAAGAAAAGAAAGUUCAUGAGCAGGGGGCAGCAUCACCCAAGGAAACUGUCAGUGAAGAUGGAAAUCCCACAGACUCUGAGCUUGGGAAACCCUUGCUUACAGAUAAAGCGCUUGUCUCACAAGAGAGUGAUCCGCUAGAAAGGGAACCUGAUAUGUAUCACACUUUGGAGAAGGAUUUACCACAGGAUUUUGAUUUAAUGAGAAGCUUCCAGGUUUACCCAGGACAAAAACCUUAUGCCUGCAAUGAAUGUGGGAAGAGGUUUACCCAAAGUCUCCAUCUUCUUGAGCACAAGAGGCUUCACACUGGGGAGAAACCUUACAAGUGCAGUGAGUGUGGGAAAAACUUCAGCCAUAGAUCUUCCCUCCUGGCUCACCAGCGAACCCACACUGGAGAGAAGCCAUACAAGUGUAGUGAGUGUGAGAAAGCAUUUGGCAGCAGUUCCACACUCAUUAAACACUUGAGGGUGCACACUGGAGAGAAACCUUACCGUUGCCGGGAAUGUGGGAAGGCCUUCAGCCAGUGUUCAACCCUCACUGUGCACCAGAGGAUUCACACCGGGGAGAAGCUCUACAAAUGUGCCGAGUGUGACAAGGCCUUUAAUUGCAGAGCAAAGCUUCACAGACAUCAGAGAAUCCACACAGGGGAGAAACCCUAUAAAUGUGCUGAGUGUGGGAAAGGCUACAGUCAGUUCCCAUCCCUAGCUGAACAUCAGAGACUCCAUACUGGAGAAGAGCUUUGCCAGUGCUUACAGUGUGGGAGAACCUUUACACGUGUCUCCACCCUUAUUGAACAUCAGAGAAUUCAUACUGGUCAGAAACCAUAUCAGUGCAAUGAAUGUGGGAAGACCUUCAACCAGUAUUCAUCCUUCAAUGAACAUCGCAAGAUCCAUACCGGGGAGAAGCUGUACACAUGUGAAGAAUGCGGGAAAGCCUUUGGCUGUAAAUCCAACCUUUAUCGACAUCAGAGGAUCCAUACUGGAGAGAAGCCCUAUCAGUGUAAUCAGUGUGGAAAGGCCUUCAGCCAGUAUUCAUUCCUCACUGAACACGAGCGGAUCCAUACUGGAGAGAAGCUCUACAAGUGUAUGGAAUGUGGGAAAGCCUACAGUUAUAGGUCAAACCUCUGUAGACACAAAAAAGUCCACCUGAAGGAAAGGCUCUACAAAUGGAAGGAGUACGGGACACCUUUCAUCUAUGGCUCGUCCCUCACUCCAUAUCAGAAAUUUCUGAGAGGAGACAAACCUGAGAACUUUAAUUCAUCCCUCUAAUCCAAGACAGCAACCAGAAGAGUAGUAACUAGAGUACAAAUCAAAAUGGAUUUCAUCUUUUUUACUUCUACAACAAAUAGUUACUACUAAGUCAUGGAUAGUUGAACAGUAAAAAUACAAAGGAUGCUGAUGUCAACCAUUUAAGAACUACUACAAAAAGAUUUUUUAAAUCUGUCAUUUUUUUAAAUUCAUACAAAAAGUUUGAAAAGCCUCAUUUAAAAAACAAGACACAUGAGUAAGUUGCUUAUGUAUAAGCAUUGUUUCAUGAGAUAGUCAUCUCUUUUUAAGAACUUCCAUGCAUGAAUUUUCUUUUCAAGAUAGUCUCUGAAAUAGUUGGUAAUGCGAAGAAUUACGGGGUCUCAGUCCCUAAAGUGAUGAGCUGGUAUAGGGAGACCUCCUUUUCAUAAAGAACCACUACGGAGGAAAAGAAUAAUUGUUGUGUAUCAACAAGGAAGCUUUUAUGAAGUGCCCCUUAUACAACAUAUGUGUGUAUUGUAUGUAUGCAUAUAUAUUCAUAUAUACACACACAUGACUUUUAUGUAUAUAUGGUCAUGUCACUUAACUGGGGGUACAGUUUGAAAGUGCUUCAUAGGCAGUUCCAUGUUAAUAGGAACAUCAUUGCACUUGAACAAUCCUAGAUGGUCUGGGUCAGCCAAUCAGUGUGCUCUCUUAAGGUGAUAAGCAUACCAUACUUUUAAAAGAUUGUUUUUUUGAGAUUAUAAUUUAAUUACAAUGUUUCUCCUUUCCCUUUCUCCCUCCAGACCCUCAUAAUUCCUCCCUAUUCUCCUUCAAAUUUAUGGCCUUUUUUUUUUUUUUUACUAAUUGUUAUGCAUGCAUGUAUCCAUACUUUUUAUAGUAAUUUUCUAUUGGUUUGCUUGUUUAUUUUAGAUAGGGUCUCACUAUGUAGCCUAGGAUGGCCUUGAGCUCAUUAUGUAGCCCAGAUGGGCUUUGAAUUUGCAGUUUUACUGCCUCAUCCUCCCACAUCCUGGGAUUACAGUCAUGAGCCAUCAUGCUUAGUGUAAAUGUUGUUAGUGGAAUGUAUAUAAAAGUAUAGUAUAGCACAGGAGUAAACUAGUAAUGUAGUUUGUCACCAUCAUCAUGUGUCAUGUACUGUACAUAGUUGUAUGUGCUGCAAUGUCAUCUGGCUGCCAGCACAGCAGGUUUGUUUGCACAAGUGAGAAUUGCAUUGUGCCUAAGGUAUUAUAAUGGUUAUAAGGUCAUGGCAGCUCUGAUGUCAUUAGGCAAGUGGGAAUUUUCCAGGCCAGUUAUAGUCUGAUGAGACCACUGUGAUAUAUGUUGUCUAUCAUUGAUCAAAGCAUCAUCAUAGGCAAAUAGCCACAUGUAUAUACUCACAUAUACAUGUGUUCAUGUGUAUGCUAAUGUAUAUACAUAUACACACAAAGAGUUUAGGAAUUUUUUUCUCCAUAGUCCGUAAUGAUUAAAGAUAGUCAGUUUACUAAUUUAGAAUUUACUUUUUCAAAUUAAAUGUUUCUUCCAAGGAGAACUUUCUUCUGUUCUCCUGAAUUUGUAGUGGAUCUGGUUCUGUAUAGCUGAAUAGAGGCUUAGUACUAUAGAAGUUGGCCUGAGCAGACACAGGCGGGAAGACUUGUCAUCCAAACAGUAUGUUAUGUGUUGUAGAGGCCAAUGUUGACAGAGUCUCUUGCUAUGAAUCUGUUAGCACUUUAGGACCAGGAGGGAUUUUAAUUUAUAGCCUUUCAAGAACCGAGGUCUUCAGCUCUGAUAAUCUAUGAUAGUUACAGGUUCAUUUCUAUCCUCAAGGCUCAAGAAGACUGUUUUGUAACCUGUUCAAAUGUUAUUGCUAGUGAUGUAUCAUUUAUCUUUAGAGUUUCCUCUAGCUUUGGUCUUAGUAGUGGAGUUGAGAACAUACCUCCUUUUCUUCUGUCUCUGUUUAUACCUGCUUCUAUAAUAACUACUUAACUUCUGAAAGCAAACGAAGGUCCUGAUGGAGGUAUUGCUUCGGUAUGCUUCUGUGUGAGGCUAUCUUUAUUAUACAAUUUCUAAUACUUUUUUCUUUGUAGUGCUGACGACUGAAUCCAGGGCCUUAUACAUACUCAGAAGGUGCUCUACCACUGAGUUAUAUCUCCAGCCCUUAGGAUUUAAGUAUAAAGUUAUAGAUGAAUAUUUUAUGUUAAACUAUCUACUCAUCACUUUUAAUAUUUUAUAUCUCCCCUAGUCCUAGUUCCUUACUGCAUUGGUUUGUCAUUUUAGAAAUUGCCUAAGAGCAUUAAUUAGACCCUCUGUCUGAGGAAAGAAUUAGAAUGAAGCAGGCAUUCAGCAUAUGUUUCUUGAUUGACUUCUUUUGGCUCAUCAGAGUAGUUUUAUGUCUUUAAGUGUGUUUGUAAGAAAAAUAAGGCUCCAGAUGAACCUUGGAAUUUCUUCCAUCCCUAGUGGCCAUGAGCAUGCUCAGUGCCCACUUUUUGGUUUGCAAAUGCCAUUCACCAUCAAAAGGAUUCAAGACUCCUUGAAGAAAUGGCUGGUUGCAUGUUUGGUACAGGGGGAAUAUAAAUGCACCUACAGUAUAUCCUUAUGAUAAAGCAUCAUUUUAGAAUUACUGACUUGAAGAUGCAUCCUUUGGUCAAACUUAGGAUACUUCAAACAUCAAAAAAGAAAAAAAAACAGAAUUGGAUGUAAUAUUUUCAAAAGGCUACGGGGAAAAAACUUCAUAAAAUUAUUUGAGGAAAGCCAUCUUUUAACUAUAUACAAAACCAAUAAGCUUAGAAAAAUCAUUUAACAACUGUUAUUGUCAUUAAAUCUGGCAAAAAAAUGAUUGAUUGUAAAACCUACCUACUACAAGAAAAAAAUUUAAGGAACAUUGCAUAACCGCAAAAGAAGACAGCUGUGCAGAUCCUUUAUUGAGCUAUGCAGAAGAAGCACCUGCUUUCAUAUUGAGCUCUGGUAGGCAGAGUUCCCCUUCAUGUGGGAAGCAACCAUUGUGGCUUCUGCCAAGGCUGUAGAAGCACACUAUUAUUUGUGAUACACUGCUAAAACCAGUUAGCAGAAAUCUACAGAAAUCUCUUUAUCUACACUUACCUUCCUGUUUACAGAGAAUUGAGAGUAACAAGUUAGAGUAUACAGUCAUAGAAUUAGAGUUUGAGACAUUGGAAAUGACCAUUGAGCUGCUCUUUUCAAAUAGCCAGUCUGUUAGAACAAAAGUGGGCUUUUUUCCCCAAGGCUCCCGAGACAGCCACAUGCAAAGUGUGAUCCUUUAUUGAGAAAUGUAGUCAGGAAAAAACUGUAAAAGACAUUUGGGGGAUGUUUAGGAAAAUACAAAGAUGAGAAUAGGUAUUAGAUAAUGUCGUAUGCUUAUUUUCUUAGAAUAGGAAAGAUUUUGAGUUUAUAUUUCCCUAUCAUGCAUGCAAAAGUUUUAAGUUGACAGGUCAUCCUGUCUGCGGGAUAUUUUAAAUUGAAAUUGUAGAAUUGAUCAAUGAUUGUUGAAUCUUCGUGGUGGAUAUAGAGUUUCUUAUUGGUCACCCUUUAAACUUGUCUGUAUGUGUGCUUAAAUUUAAUAAAAAUUGAGGCAAA